UGCGCGUGCGCGUGGACGCCUGCGCCUCCUGAGCGUCUGAGGGGAAAGAGAGAGUGAGGAGAGAGAGUGAGGAGAGAGGCGGACGGACGGACCGACGGGCGGAGGAGGAGGAGGAGAAGGCAGAGCGGGCUGGGCCUGACGGCGGCGGCGGCGGCAGAAGCAGGAGGAGGAGGACUCGGGGCGGAGAAGAUGGCGGACGGGGACAGCGGGAGCGAGCGAGGCAGCGGGGGAGGCGGCGGCGGCGGCGGUGGCGGCGGCGGAGGAGGAACCGGAGGCGGCGGAGGCUUCCAGGCCCACCGAGGCGGCGGUUCUGGCCCCGGCCCCGGCCCCGAGCAAGAGACGCAGGAGCUGGCCUCGAAGCGCCUGGACAUCCAGAACAAGCGCUUCUACCUGGACGUCAAGCAGAACGCCAAGGGCCGCUUCCUCAAGAUCGCCGAGGUGGGCGCCGGAGGCUCCAAGAGCCGCCUCACCCUCUCCAUGGCCGUCGCCGCCGAGUUCCGAGACUACCUGGGAGACUUCAUCGAGCACUACGCCCAGUUGGGGCCCAGCAGUCCCGAGCAGCUGGCUCAGGCGUCCCCGGGCGGAGGAGAGGACGGCAGCAGCGGAGGCGUCGGAGGGCCUCGCCGGGCUUUGAAGAGCGAAUUCCUGGUGAGGGAGAACCGCAAAUACUACCUGGACCUGAAGGAGAACCAGCGGGGACGCUUCCUCCGCAUCCGCCAGACCAUCAACCGAGGGCCCGGAGGCGGCGGCGGCGGCGGGGCCGGCUUCCGGGGGCCUCCGGGCCUCCAGAGCGGCCAAACCAUCGCAUUGCCGGCUCAGGGCCUCAUCGAGUUCCGCGACGCUUUGGCGAAGCUGAUCGACGACUACGGCGCCGACGAGGACGAGCUGGGCGGCGGCGGGGGUCCCGGAGGGGGUCCCGGAGGAGGAGGAGGAGGCGGCGGAGGUGGAGGCCUUUACGGCGAGCUUCCCGAAGGCACCUCCAUCACGGUGGACUCCAAGCGCUUCUUCUUCGACGUGGGUUGCAACAAGUACGGCGUCUUCCUGCGAGUCAGCGAGGUGAAGCCGUCUUACCGCAACGCCAUCACCGUCCCUUACAAAGCCUGGGCGAAAUUCGGCGGGGCUUUCUGCCGUUACGCCGACGAGAUGCGAGACAUCCAAGAACGACAACGGGAUAAGCUUUACGACCGGCGUGCGGGACCGGCCGGGCCGGGCAGUGGAAGCGGCGCAGGAGACGACUCCGAUGGGGAUGAUGUGGAUGACGAUUGAGAGCCUCCCUCCCUUCCUUCCUUCCUCCUCUUCUUCCUCUUCUUCUUUUCUUCCUUCUCUUCUUCUUCCUCUCCCCCCCCCCCGCCAUCUCUCUUUCCUUCCCCCACUACGCAGGGAGGGGGGGGUUCCAUGGACCGGGCAGGAGGAGUGGAUGGAAAUAGGGUGCAAGCCCAUCCUAAGCUUCCUUCUCCCCUUAGGGCAGUGUUUCUCAACCUUGGUAGCUUGAAGAUGGGUGGACUUCAACUCCCAUAAUCCCCCAGCCAGCAGCGCUGGCUGGGGGAUACUGGGAGUGAAGUCCACCCAUCUUCAAGCUACCAAGGUUGAGAAACACUGCCCUAGGAGGAGGAGAAGAGAGAGAAAGAGAGAAGCCCUGCCUGCCCUGCCUCCACCCACCGCUUCUGGAGCAGCCCCUCUCCCGAAAUUGCUUCCUUUCCCCACCCUGUUGUUGCCCCUCACCCUCCCUCCAGGAUACAGCAUCUGCCUGUGAGUUGGCCCAGCUUUAAGCUCUCACCCCACCCCACCCCAGGCUUGCCAUCCUCCUCGCCCCAUAGAGAGAGAGAGAGAGAGAGAGGAAUCCGGGUGACCUCAGUUAACCUCCGUCCUGGCCCGCUGAGUGGAGGAAAAGGGGAUCCUUUCCUACUGUGAAAACUGGAUUCCUUUCCACCACUGAUCUGCUCCGAGCUUCCCAAGGCUUUCUCAUCUUGCCCCCUGAAAUAUGUGGCGUCUUUUUUUUUUUUCUUCUUCUUCUUCUUCUUCCCCCCACCCACCCGCCUGCCUCUCCCUUUCUUUUUAAUUUAUUCGGGAGGGGGGCGAAAUGGGGGAGAGCAUUUUCAUCUGAUCUCCUUCUCCCUUUUCUCUGGGUGCCCUCUCCCCCCUGCUCCCCCCCCCCGCCUCCUGCAUUUUGAGAUCUCUUCCUCCUCCUUCCUCCGCUCUCAAAACCAGCAUUCUGGAGACUGCAUGGCCAUCGAGCACAGUCGGAAAAGGAAGAAGAGAAGCUGGCACAGCUAUCUAAAUCCAGCAGCCUAACCGGGCAAGUUGUUUUAAAAAAAACAAACAAACAAAAAAAAAACCACCAAGGAUGGUGAUUGUAGCCCAAUGUGAAGAGGAAGGUUGAAGCCCAAGGCAGAUGGGAAAGUUGAAAUUGGGGGAGGGGGGGCGAGAGACAGGAAAGAUGGCUGAAGCAACCCUGAGAAUGUUCCUAUGGGUUGGAGAGGGGAUGAAGCCUAUAUUUGGACCAACGUCCACUCUUCUCCUCCUAAAUUUUUACCCGUAAAGCUACAGGUGCCUGAACUGGAAUUGAUAUGAAAUAAUUAUUCUAAAGUUGGCAGGUCAUAAUGAGGUUUUUUUUUCCCCUUCUCCUCCUUAGGGGUGGGGGGGUUUGCAAACAGGCAGGUUCAAAAGAAAAAAAAAAGGCAUAAAGCACAAGGAAUGCAGAGUGGACUAGUUGCUGCUCACUGAAGUUCUUCCCCUUCUCUCUAAAUAAGGCGAAAGAGCAAAAUGGCUUUAGGCUUUAGUAGGAAGUAAAAAUUGGAGCUGCCUUUCUCUGGGCUUUUUUUUUUUUUUUUUUAAAGAUGAUCUACUCCAGUAAGGUGGAAUCUGUUCUGCAACUCGCCGGGUUUGUAACCACAAAAAGCAUUAAAAUCGUAAUCUGGUAAAAGAGAAAGAAUGUGAGGCUUCGAGUCUUAAAAAAAAAAAAAAUAUGAGAGGGAAACGGAAAGCUGCUUUCACCUUGCAAAUAAAUGGACAUGAUCUAUGAAAAUAGACACCCAAGAACCUCAGGUCCAGAAGUCCAGCAUCUGUUGUUAUUUUAACAAGAUUUUUUUUAACAACAAGAAGAGAACAAUCCAUUUCCUCAGUACCUCACGUUAAUGUUAACAGCAAUGGAUUGUUCAGAGCACCGUCUGCCCUAUGGGAGGUUCAUCAACACCAUCAGAAAAAAAAGGAGCAGAAUCAAGCCAAGUUCUGUGACUAUGAACACGAGCAGCAUUUUACCACCUUCAAAUUUUACUACAGACUGGCUACUGCCUAUUCGUCCAGUUGUCUUUCCCAAGCAGAGUUGGGUCUCCCCACCCAAAGAAUUGCCUCAUCUAUAUUUUAAAUGGAUUCUUACCUAAAAUGAUAUUUUUUUAAACAAAUGAAGUCAGUCCUAUUCCCUCUAAAAAAAAAAAAAAGUGUUUUUAGCUACAACAUUAUAUACUAGCAACUUUGAAUUGAAUGGAAAUUGCGUACUGUUCAUUACAAAGUUUCAGGUAUUGUUUGUGUGACAUCUUAAAAAGAGGCAGGUAAAGCUUCCUCUACAAUCUUUUUAAAUUGUGCAUGCCUGUCCUUUAUUUGAGCUGCCUUUUUUAAUUUAUUGCAUACCCUUAUUUACCUUAUUUUGGUAUUGCUCUUCUCUACACUGUCUUUGUUUUGUAUUUAUUAGAAAGCAAAGAGGCGUAUAAAAGGCAUUUUCCUCACUUGGUUCUUGCUGCAGUAGGGAAAUUGGCUGGAAUUUUUCUAAAAAAAAAAUAAUAAAUUGGGUUUUGCUACAGUUAUUAUAAAGCUCAGCAAAUGUCAGAUUAGUUUAUCACAAACAUUGAUUGUUUAUUUUAAAAGCUGUUUUCUUUAUUCCAUGCGUUCAUGGUAGAUCUUAUAUCCUUGAAAAAAAAAAAAAGAAAUCCAACCUUUCUUUCCAUUUUUCUCCGUUGCAAAGAGCUUGUUUCCUGAAUUGUAAUGGGAGCAAUAGUAUUUCUUGAUGUUUUAAUUACAUCCAUAUACUUGUACUGUAUUUUGUACUCUCCGAGGCAGCUGUUUUCAAUAAUGUCCUGCUGUAUUUACCUAUGUAAUUUUUAUUUUUAUUUUUUUGGUUCUAUUGUAUUUAGUUCUUUGUUGCGGAGAACAAUAUUCACCCACAAAAAAAAAUUCAGCGUACAAGGAUCGCAGCCUGGCUAGGACUGCAGAGAACUCUGCUUUUAACUAAUGAGACUUUAAAAGGCAGCAAUGAAAAUGGAGGCUGCAAAUGCUUAAUACCGAUUGCUGUAACUCUUCAUUCAAUUUAAAACAGUGUAUAAUACUUGUAUAGACCAACAUUUUUUUUUUUUGUUGCGUUAGUGGUAAUCGAUUCCCUCCCCUCCCCCCCCUUUUUAUUAUUUUGUUUUGUUUUGUUGCUCAGCUGCCAUGAGCCAGUUCUUGCAAAGAUGCAGUACCUCUCCUCUUCAGGAGAACCUUUGGUGUGUGUGUGGGGGGGUGUUUUGGGCUGAAUUGUAGUAACUAGCCUUAUUACAUGGUAGUGGCAGGGAUUUUGACUGCCCCUGGCCAGUGACUAUAAUAAGCUAUAAUUAGCUGCCCAAAAAGUAUGUGGAAGAAGCGGACAGAAGCAUAUCAGUUGUUUAAGCAAGGAGUGUUGCCAUAUAUGGUGUUGCCUUUGGCAACCAAGAUGGGGCCAUUGCAGACCAGCUAAUACUGAUACCGAGUAUACCAAGUGAUACAUGACCCCCUUCAAGGUGUGCAGUUAGGGUGACAGUGCAAGAUGCCAGUGGGGAUUACUAAGGUGUUGGGCCUGCUUGUGCUCACGUAUAAGUUAGAGGCGUUUUAACUGAUUCCGCAAAUGUUGAGGCUAUCGUGCUACGUUAGGUUAAUGCCCAAGAGUCAUUUUAGGGAGGAAUUAAUUCUGGUGCCACAAGCUUUGCUUAGAUGCAGCAUAUUUCAGCGGGGAAACCAUCCCUUCUGCUUGUUGGAGAAUGGGGAAAGAGUUAUAUAUAUAUAUAUAUUCCUUUCCCCCUUGUAGAGCUUAAGAUGUCUGGGCUUAAACCACAGUGGAGGCUGCAGAUACUUUUCAAAUUAAUUUGACCUCUGUUGGAGAGGGCGCCUCCAUUACUUACGGCUAAGCAUUUAGAAACCUCUGCCUUCCCAGCUGCUAGCACCAUCUUGCACAGACCAUAUCUGAAAGUAUUGCAUCCCUGCUCUCUACGUCUGGUAGUUCGCCUCAGCGACCAGCUUUCUGCAGAUUGCAAGCGGGCACCUUUGGUGUCCCGUUCGGACGAGUCGCUAUUCACGCGGGGGUGGGGCCGUGUCCAACCACGUUAGGAAAAACCCAUUACCCUGGAGAUACAACCCAACGCCGGUGAACUUUAGUAUUCCUGUUAUACUCCCGUGCUUAAAUGUCCAUUUUGAGUAAUGAAAAGCUUCUCUAUUCUCGGUGCUGCAGUUUUAACUCAUAUCCUUGAUCUCUUUCCUGCAGCGAUGUUCGUGGACCGUGUGCCGGUGCGUUUUGCAAGCUGCCACAUCCUGCACACCUAAAAAAUGGGAAACAAGCUUGACGUCCCACUUGAAGUUUGGGAGUUGAGCUGUGGAACGUGAGGUGUGUCGAAUCGAGGCGGCUUGUGGACUGCAUUGUCAUCUUUACGUGUAGAUUUUGUAGAGGUGUGGGGGAGGGGGGGAAUGGGUAACCCCUGUAUCUGGCAUUGCCCUUCGAAUGGUGCAUCUGCUGUACAAACGAAAUGUAAAUCUUGUAUAGCACCAAAAAUUGUAAAUAGGCGAGACAUACAGGUAUAAACGCCCAUAGCUUUAGCUCACAUCUAGUUAUGGGCCAUGUUCCUAUUUCCAUAGCUAUCUGCUUCAGAGUGAUUGCAGGCCCUAACCCAGGAGGCUGCAUCUUCAUUUUUUUCCUCCAAGAGAAAGCAAUUCCCGUUGCUUACCCUGGAAUCCUCUUUGCACAAAAAAAAAAUCAAAAAAAAUAAUAAUCACAGAUUUAUUUUUUUUAGUAAGAUUUUAGCUUCUGCUUUAGUGUGUCUCUAAAAUACAACUUAAAACGAUCCUGUCCUUGCUUGUACUUUUCAGGAUAAUGGGCGCAAGAGGCAGGUUUUCAAAUAAACCCCUCAUAUUGAGUGGCCCCUUUGUUGACUGCACGCUUCAGGUAUUGGAAUAGCUGAAGUUGGGUUUUGAUUUACUCCCGUCAUUAACAAAACAAAAAAAAAAAGAAGGUGUAAUAUAUUUGACUAUACAAGACAUCUGAAAAGUGACUUAACUCAGGCUACUUUUCUCGUGUGAGGGUGGCAGUUUUGUGAUUUUGGUAGAAAAUUGUUCAUUGCAUAAACAUGCUUUUGGACCUCUCAAAGUUUUAAUAGAAAGAUGGUGGUACUUGAUCUGAUGCACAAUUUAAUCUCUCAGCAGAUAUUCGCUUUUUUUUUUGUUUCUUUUUUUUAAAAAAAAAAAAACAAAAUGUGGCCUUGACUCUUCAAAGGAGGAAAGAAAAACUUGCUUUCCCUGUAUGUAAGUGGCACUUUUUUUUGGCUUCAAAAUUAUUCCGAUUCUGCAAGUUCUUCGUAAACAUGAUAUUGAUAUGCUUCCUUUUAUAAACAGGUGAAAUGGUCGAUGUAUUGAAAUAUGUUUGCUAUGAAUUUAGUUUUAUAAAGGAACAGGAAUGCCUGAGGCUAAAUACCUAAAACCUAAAGGACCAUUAUGCUCUUUUUAAAAUAGCAGUAAUCACAAUUAUUUCUGAAGAAACGCAGUGUAGAUCAUUUUAGUUCCACCGAGCACAAUCCUGCAAAGGCACAGCAGCUACAGUACCGACUGAAUGGGUUUAUGUCAGACGCCUUGUAAUUUUCGUAGCAUUAUCUGGGGGAUGGUUUGAUAGGAAUGCUUCCAGAUACCUAGUGCCCUUCCUUCUCAAAAUUUCAAAAAAAAACAACUGUAGAAAGAAGACAGCAAUCAGGUUUGCUGUGCAGUGAGUGACAACUCUGCGCAUGGAUGUUCCCAAGUCAGUACAAAUACCAAGCAGCGACAGGUAUAUUUCUUGAUUCUUUGUUUUACGCCAGUGAACAACCAUGGUGUGUAAAUGCAUAAUCUUCACGGCCGCUUGGAAUAUAAUCUCUGGUAGCCUUGGUUUCCGGUGUGUGAGAGGUUUUCUGAAGUCUUGCCCUCUUGUCGGUAUUGCUGCUUGCGAUUGUUUAGUGCCAGCAGAAUUGCAAUAGUUAGAUGUUGUGCCUGAACAUUCAACUGAAUCGUUUUGAUUGAGGAAUUUUUUUUUCCCCCCUUAAAUUUUGCACAGAUUGCAAUGAUUUAAUAGAUUAUGACUACAGGUGACAGAAAAGUCUGGUUGAAGUGAAAUAAUUCGCAUUCCCCCCCCCCGCCCCACUUUUGCAGGUUCCAAGAAACCUCAGCUUUUGCACUUUGUAGCUUUUAUACCCAUUAGUGAUCACACACACACACACACACACACACACACACACACACACACACCACACUCACUAAGAUUAUGCUUCGUUUUGUUUUGGAGAUAAUGUGACAUUCAGGAGAGGAACGUAGCAAAAUCCAAUAGCUGUCUCCUGCAGGAUUAAAAGAAACGUUUAAUAUCUGAAGCAAACAUUCAAACAUCAGGAUGUAACCAUGGAUGGAUUACUACCUCUUAUACCUGUAAAAUCACGGUUAUCUGCAAUGGUGCUAGACUAAUUUCACUUUAAAUAUACUUAACAUUGCUUCUCUGUUGUAAUGUAUAGUAAGGUUGGGUGGUUUUUUUUUUUCCCAUUGUGAAAUUCCCUAUUCUGGUCUAGACAUUAAAGCAACUAUCAUGUACGGUUGUGUAAAAAAAUAGAACAGUUACCAAAUGGAGAUGCAGUUACCAAGUGGAACAGCAAUUUUUUACUAGCUUGACCUAGAUUGGAUUUUUUUUAGAGAGCAACAUGUCCUCUCUAUAGCCUGACAAGCCACUCUUCUCAAGGGAGCGGGUUUUCAAAAUAAAGUUUGUAGCACAGAGGAAUUCUACUUUGUCAAGAGAAAGAGCCUAAAAUUACGCUCGGCGUCUACAAUUCCACUGAAUACAACGAAAGAUUUCCGGCCUCUGAUUUUCGGCAUAAAUUUCUAUGAUUGUGGAAUUUAAACCCAGCCAUGUUAAUUGAUUUGGGCCCAAUUUUGGAAAUUUGAAUAAAAUGAUAAAGACGCUCCGUAGGAGUAGAAUUCUGGCCAAUGGGAUUGCUCCCGAUGGAGGUUUUCUAUUGAGAAUCAUUAGCCUGCCAACGUGUUUACUUAAAUAAGGAAUAUUGGCGAAUUUACAUAGGAGCGAAAGUGUUCUUUUGCUACUACUCUCUUUUGCUCCAACUCCUCCAUUUUAAAAUUUGACCAGGAGAUACAGUGCUCACAGUUCCAAGGUCGACUAACAAAACACCAACAAAAUUUUAUCUCUGAAAUUCGGCGUAAGGAAGGUUUAGUGUGCUUUGUCAAAGCCAUUUGUAAUAUGCUGCUAUGUAGCCUUAAUAUUGUAAUGUAUUGUGUGUGUGUAUAUAUAUGUACAUAUACACUUAAAUGCAAAGUAAGUAACCCACGGCCAAGAAGCAGAAGGUUGCGUGGCUUGUUGAAGCUGGGUCCUGCUUUGUGUAGCCAAGAUAGGUUGUAUUUAAAACUUGCAGAGAGAAAAUAAUUUAAAACAGCAGUCGCUGCUCAUCAUUUUCACCUAGGCAAAUGUCCAAGGCUAAAUUUUUAAUUUCUUGCCCUGAUUUUUUUUUUUUUUUUUUUUUUUUUUUUGCGCUGAAAGGCCUGCUGGUUAGAAAAUCCCCACAUUUGAACUUAAGUGGGAUUUACAAGCAGCAUACGGCUUUUUUUUUUUCCCCAUGUUUUGUUUCCCCUCUUGUGACAAUUAGAAAUAUCGGCCCCGUUACGUUUCAAUUGGAAGUCGCCAUGCUAGGUGGGUUCGUGAGUUGAUCUGGCUUGUGCAGAAUCCCUGAAUAGUUGAACCCGGCCACUUUUUGCAGGAGAAGGGAUGGCAGAGUUUGGUAGAUAGACACCUCCUAUUCGUGAAGCUGCGGUGAACUUUUUUUCCUUCGGCACGCUGGUCUUGCGUUGAAUUGAAUAACUCCUCCUCCUCCUGGUACCUGGUAGUUAGUAUGUUGUUGCCGAAAGUAAGAGUUUCUGGAAAGUUUAGCCAGAAGGAUGGUCCUUAACACUUCUGCAAAAGAAGGUGUUUUCCUAACUGAUCAUCUAUGGAUCCGGGGCUCCCCGGUGUUUAACCAAGUGUGCUAGACAAAGCUAAGAACUCCUCGCCUCUCCGUGCGAAGGCUUUUGCACUGGUGCUUCAAUUGAUGCACAAGCCAGGAAAAAGCCACUUGAAAUAGGUUCUCCAAAGUUGGGACGUACAAAAACCCAAUGAGGUUUGAGCAGCGGCUGUUCUUGUGGUAAGGAGUUUAUUCUUGCUAAUGUUAACUUUGCCAGGCCUCGAAGUGCUGGCAGUCUUCCACAUUCUCCCAAAACCACUGGAAGAAACGCUUUCGUUCCGAUUUUGGAAACCCUGCUCUUUCUUUCUUUUUCUUUCUUUCUUUCUUUCUUUUUGCAACUUAAGUUGAACAAACAUUUGCACAACGGGUGGAAUUUGCAAGCACAUGUCCUGUAUUGGAACGACCCAAUUUUUUUUUUUUUUAUCCCUAAGAAAGGGGGCUGAGAAGUUAACUCAGUUCCCCUUAGUAGUUACUGUAAAUCUUUCGCUGAAGUGUUUUGCCAGUGGUCAGGACGAUGGAAAAAAUAAAUUAAUAAAUGGCCAAGUUAUGGGGGGGGGGGACCAGUACAGCCAAGGGAGUGGAAAUUUGCUGGGCCGGAUGUAUAACGUCAGAAAGUAAGCAAAUAAUUUUGAGUUUGAUGUGGCAUUCACCCAAACUUGUGCAAGUGAUAAUAGAUCAUAUACAGACGUAAUUAGCCAACCCAUUUGUAAAUAUACACACGUUUGUACAUUGUAUACAUAGAAACAGAUGUCCGUGUACAUGUGUAUGUAUUUAUAAAAUUGUUUCUCUGCUAGAUGCAAAAGUAGCUCUAAUUUUAUAUUAUAUUAUAAUAUAUAUAUAUAUAUAUACAUAUACACGAAAAGGCUCCCCUCUAUAAAUAUAUAAAUGCUAGAAAUUUGUAGUAAUAUAGGACUGAUUUCAGGAAUAUCUGCUGAGAGACCAAAAAGUUCACUUUGAAGUACCUUAAUUAAAAAAAAAUAAAAUAAAGUUUAUUCCUCUUGUUUAUUUUUUUAUUAAAAUUUAAAUGCACUUUAACUGGCAACCUACAUACGCAGAUCUAGCUGCAUGGUGCAGUUUCAGACUUAGAAAUGUAAAAGUGCAGCACCCAUUGAAAAGACCGACGAUUCCUUUCUCACCUGCCAAGCAGAGCGCUGGAAAUGAGUUCAAAUCCUCCGCAGGGUCAAGAGCUGCCCGUUGUCUUGCUGCCCAUUGGCUGAAGCUUAGAUUCUGAUUUCCCUGGGGGUGGGGGGGGGGCCGGGGGGGGUGGGGGCUAGCAGGACUGCUUUUUAAAGAGGCUGUUGUCAAAAUAGGCAGGUCCUGGAUUUACCACUAGCUAACUAGCAAAAAAAAGAAGAAAAAGAAGAAUGUCCCCAUGACCUGAAUAAUUCCUCAUGCUAGUUGAGCGCUCCUUAAAAUAGCAGGUUUUUGCAAAAUGGAGUUUUACAGUCUAUAUUUAAAAAUUGUAUGUUUGUAACAAAUAAAAGUAUGCGGAAAAGUGAAUGAACCAUC